AUGAGAAUAGCACAUGCCACCCUUGUAUCAUCUCCAUUAGAACAAAUACUUGCCGUACGGAACGACCAUACACCUCUACAAAAUGAAUUUAUCCCUCCAGAAGCAAAUUGGGAAGAAAAGAUUUCGCAUUUUCCAAUUCCCAGCGUCACAAACUAUAAUGUAGAUCUCACCAAAUCCGCUCUCUCUCCUUACCAAAAAGAAUACUUAAACAUCAUGAAUAGUCAUUCGAAAGCCUUUGUAGGACCAGCUGGUCACUUGGGUCAUUACAAUGGACCUAUUUGA